GGAAAACCGGAAUCGGCUGACACAGAUAAUGCUUCUCAAGUCCCUCCUCCAGGUCUCUAUGGGCUUCCAGUGCAGUAACAUGCUGACGGCACUUCCCAGCGCCUUCCUGGACAGACUGCUCUCUGCAGCCCUCAUGGAGGAUGCUGAGAUCCGCCUCUUCGUCCUGGAGAUUCUCAUCAGCUUUAUUGAUCGCCAUGGGAACCGGCAGAAGUUUUCCGCCAUCAGCACCAUCAGUGACAUCUCAGUUCUGAAGCUGAAAGUGGACAAAUGCUCGCGCCAAGAUACUGUCUUCAUGAAGAAGCAUGGCCAGCAGCUCUACCGGCACAUCUACCUGAUAUGCAAGGAGGAGAGCAACGUGCAGGCUCACUACGAGGCGCUCUACAGCAUGCUGAUGCUCAUCAGCAUCGAGCUGGCUAACGAGGAGGUCGUGGUGGACCUCAUCCGCCUGGUGCUGGCAGUGCAGGAGAUCGCCCAGCUCAACGAGGAUAACUUGACAGCCUACAACCGCUGCGCGCUGUUUGCUCUCGGCGCAGCUUACCUGAACCUCAUCAGCCAGCUCACCACCGUGCCCACCUUCUGCCAGCACAUCCACGAGGUCAUCCAGAUGCGACAGAAGGAAGCUCCCUAUCUGCUCCCUGAAGAUGUUUUUGUGGAGAGGCCCAGGUUGAGCAAGAGUCUUGACCGCCUGGGCCCGGAGGUCUUCUUCUGGCAGAGCAAGAUCAGCGAGGUGUUGGGCGGCAGCGGCUACAACUCGGAUCGGCUCAGCACACCCUACAUCCCCCAGCUGACAGAUGAAGAUCGCUUGUCCAAAAGGAAGAGCAUUGGUGAGACCAUUUCCCUGCAGGUUGAGGUGGAGUCAAGAAACAGUCCUGAGCGAGAGCAGCGAGCGCCAGCAGAAGAGAUCACGUAUGAGACGCUGAAGAAGGCGAUAGUAGACAGCGUCGCCGUGGAGGAGCAGGAGCGGGAGCGGAGGCGACAAGUGGUGGAGAAAUUUCAGAAAGCCCCGUUUGAGGAGAUCGCUGCCCACUGCGGCGCCCGGGCGACGCUGCUGCAGAGCAAGCUCAACCAGAUCUUUGAGAUCACCAUACGGUGA